AUGGUGGGGGUCUCCCCCCCCGAGGCAUGCCGGGAGGAGAGGCGGCAGGCCCGCUGGCCGGCCGGUUGCAUCAUCCCCGCGCUGAGGGCUGUCUGCGAUGCUCUGGCCAAAUGCCAGGAGCGAUCGAAAAACCCACCUGUUACACCUCGGAGUCAGUGUCCCCACACCCCUUACACCCCCACGCCCCCUCCCCGAGCGAGGAGCCCACCCGAGUUUGUCUCUCUGCAUCGACGCGUUUGUGCUGCCGGCAUCGCGGGUGGGGCAGAGCGCCCAGCGCAGCCGGGGAGCAGCAGCCGCUCUGCGCUCGCUCGAGACCCGCGCCCCUGCCGAUGCUCAUGCCGCGCCGCCGCCGCCAGUGACGCCGGAGAGGUAGGGCCGCGGCUCGCCGGGCCUCCGGGGCCGCAUCCCGCACCUGCGUCCAGCGCUCCCCGGGCGGGGAGCUCGCGCCCGGAGCCCUUGGCGCGGCCCCUUCACUUCCCCCGACCCUCCCCCGUCCCUGCGGAGAACAAUGGGGCAAAUUCAGGGGUGUCCGCCCUUCUUGCGCAGCGAGGCACGGCCCUCUGGAGAGGCCCUUUGGUUGCGGCCCCGGCUGCAGGGGGACGCUGGUGUGGCGCAGGGGGGGUCGCUGCGGGGAGGACGCAGGCAGCUGGCAGCAUCUCGAUAAACCCUCCUCGUUUCCGCGAUCUUCCACUCGCCCGGGCUGGAGCCGACACCCGGGAUGCAGCCCGGACUGGGGCUGCACAGGCGGGGGAGGGGAGGGAUGGAGCAAAGAAGAGAAAGGCGGAAGGGGCACCCGGGAGGGGGCGCGGCUGGCGCGGCCCGGCCGGAGGGGAGGGUGUCCCCGGCGGCGGGGCGCAGGCAGAGGCCCUGGUCCCCGGGGUGGGGGAGGGCGGAUGCUGGAGCCGAGAGCAAAACCGGCGGGGGCUGCGGUGGGAGGGCUGGCUGCCGGCUUGGUGCGCGCCGCCGGAACUGCCCAGAGCCCAGCCCAGGUCACGUCCUUCUCUCGAGACCCCCUUCUCCCUUCCAGAAAGCCCCACGGUUUGGGAGGGCCCGCCUGCGGACAAGGCUUGCAUCCACGCAGGCGGCGCCCCAGUAACAGGUGUGGCCCGGCGGCAGGAGGGGAGGGGGCUGCGGGGCCGCGACGUCUCGGCUGGAGGCGCUCUCCGGGCGCCGGGGCUCGGGUGA